AUGUCUUACACACAACGUGAUCCGGAUAACCCACCAGAUUAUUACUACACAUUAAAUUCAAAACAACAACACAAUUGGAUGAGAACAGCAAAGAAAAUGAAGAAAAAUGAAGAUCUCAAAUUAAAAUAUCCACCUUUUAAUACAACAUCAAACAUCAACAUCAUCCAUUUACAUUAUCUCACGGAUAUCCAAGUGGUCAAUGAACUGAUAACAAAGGCUAAAUCAACAAAAACAUACACCAUCGACACUGAAGAUAAUAAAGAUAAAAAUAUGAAUCAAGGUGCACUAAUUCAAAUUCAAAUGGUGCAUUCGAAUAUUAAUUCAACAAUUGUAUUGAUCGAAACGGAUUACCUUCCUGAUCGUAACACAAUUUUAUUUAAACAAAUUGGAGAAUUCUGUUCCAUCGUAUUAAACAAUGAUAAUAAAAUCUUAUCUUGGGGUCCUUUAAAUAAGGAGUUUGAACAUUUUCAACAUUUGGAACUUAUAUAUUUAGGUAAUAAAAAUAAAAAACUUAAUCUACAAUCUUUAUUUAGAGAUUGGCAUAAUGGCAACAAAGCGCAUCCUUCUAUGGAAAAGCGCGAGAAUAUAACCGGGUCCGUAUCAUUGUUAGAUGAUACACCUGGUGAAUUUGAUUUUGAUGAUGGUGGUAUGGAUAAUGAUAAUGGUGAAAAAAUAAAUUAUAAUAAUCAAUAUAAUUGUGGUCAUCAUACACACUUUAAUAUGGGAGCGACCUGGUCAUUACAAGAUGCCAUAGUUUCAGCAUUAAAAAAAUUGGUUGAUAAAACAUUAACAGUCAGCUUAUGGCAAUGUGGUUUAGAUCUGGUAUUAAACACGUGGAAAAAUAAUUGGUUUAGUGGUAAACAUUACAAUGAACAUCAUGAACAAGAACACCGUUUUAAAAUGACAAAAUAUGCAGUUACUGAUUGUACAGCAGUAACUGAUUUAUAUUUCCAUAUGUAUCCAGAUCAAAUUAUUAAUGAAAUUAGUGAUAUGACACCAAUUAUAAGAUCAACAACAGACGUUAAAAUUAAAUUGGAAGAUGAAUUAUCUGACAUCAGCGAAGACGAAUUAAUUCAAAUAUUAAAACCACAUUUUAAUAAACCACAAACAAAUACACAACAUCUUAAUAAUGAAACAACAGAAUUAAUAACACAAACAACACAAGAAGAAAUGAACCAAUUCAAUAUGAAUGAAGAUCAACCUGUACAACAACAACAACCACCACCUUUAUCAAAAUCAGAAAAACAAAGAAUUAAAAAUAUGAAAUUAAAAUGGAAACGGAAACACCAUCCCGAAUUUCAACACAAAAUAAAACGCCCGAUUUAUCACAGAUACGAUUACCGAAAGAUCCGGACUCAGUUAACCGAUGACAAUAUCCACACAAGUCAUCAAACAACAAUCAACAGACAUAAAGGUGAAGUUAUAAUUGGUUUUAAAAGUGAAUAUGAACAACAACAAGCAAAAACAAAAAUGAAAAUAAAUUGUUUUUCAAAGGAUCAAUAUUAUAAAAGAUGGGGCAAUUUAAAAGAAAAAAAAUAA